CCUUAUCUCUGCCUUCAGCUGGUGGGUGGAGAGCAGCAGCUCGAAGUGGACUAGAGAUUGAGCUAUAAAGUGCAGAAGUUGUUCGACUUCAGUGCAGGUCAACAGCACCAAACGUUGGCGCCAUGGCCUCAAUCCUCCAGUGCUGCCCUUUCCUGACCAGGGACCCAUCCACCUUCCUGCGCAAAUUGCGUCCCCUGCUGGUCAGCAGUGCCCAGCGCUGCCCUGUGAUGGUGGCCCGCACCUUCUCCCGUUCGGUUGCUGACCUGCAGAAUGGAGAGGAGACCUGUGGAGGUACAGGCUCAACUGUGCAGGCGGUGCCUGUGGCUCUCCCUACCACCCACUGCCCUUUCAUGGAGUCGGAGCGCCGAAGCGGCCAGAGUUCCUUUGUGCACGAGGCAAAACCCGAAGUCCAGGAAGAUGUCAGACCUUUCAAGUCAGGGGUGUUGAACUCUCUGAUCAGAGAGGUGCAGUCCAGCCUCAAGAGGAAGUUGCUCAACUCUGACCAAGCGUCGCACCUCAUCCAGGACAACAUGCCAGGGAGCACCAUGUUUGAUUAUGAUGGGUUCUUUGAAGACAAGAUCCAGGCAAAGAAGCAAGAUCACACCUAUCGGGUCUUCAAGACAGUGAAUCGUCGGGCUGAUGACUACCCUUUUGCCGAGGACUACUCUGGCUCCCAGGUUGAGGCGCGAGAGGUGUCCGUCUGGUGCAGCAAUGACUACUUGGGAAUGAGUCGCCAUCCCCGAGUGCUGCAGGCCAUCCAGGACACUCUGCAGCUUUACGGAGCGGGGGCUGGAGGCACCAGGAACAUUUCCGGCACCAGUAAGUUCCACGUGGAUCUGGAGCAAGAACUGGCCAGCUUGCACGGCAAAGAUGCUGCCCUGCUCUUCUCCUCAUGCUUCGUGGCCAACGACUCCACUCUCUUCACUCUGGCCCGCAUGCUGCCAGGGUGCGAGAUCUAUUCAGACGCUGGGAACCACGCCUCCAUGAUCCAGGGCAUCCGAAACAGCGGAGUGCCGAAGUUUGUCUUCCGGCACAAUGACCCCAAACACCUGGAGGAGCUCCUGAGCAAGGCCAGCCCUAGCACACCAAAGAUUGUCGCCUUUGAGACGGUGCACUCCAUGGACGGCGGCAUCUGCCCGUUGAAGGAAUUGUGCGACGUGGCACACCGCUACGGAGCCAUCACUUUUGUGGAUGAGGUCCAUGCCGUUGGCCUUUAUGGAGCCCACGGGGCCGGCGUUGGAGAACGUGAUGGAGUGAUGGGCAAGAUAGACAUUGUCUCUGGCACGCUGGGGAAGGCUUUCGGCUGUGUGGGCGGGUACGUGGCCAGCACCGCUUCCCUUGUCGACACUGUGCGCUCCUACGCCGCCGGGUUCAUCUUCACCACCUCCCUGCCCCCCAUGGCACUGGCCGGAGCCCUGGAAUCGGUCCAGAUCCUGAAGAGUGUUGAGGGGCAGGCGCUGCGCCGUGCCCACCAGCGCAACGUCAAGCACAUGCGCCAGCUGCUCAUGGAUGCGGGGCUGCCCGUGGUCAGCUGCCCCAGCCACAUCAUCCCUAUACGGGUUGGCGAUGCAGCCCUAAACACCCGCCUCUGUGACCUGCUCCUGUCUGAAUAUAGCAUCUAUGUCCAAGCUAUCAAUUACCCUACCGUGCCUCGGGGGGAGGAGCUGCUGCGGCUGGCCCCUUCGCCUCACCACACCCCACCCAUGAUGGACUACUUUGUGGAGAAGCUCCUGGCAGCCUGGCAGGAGGUGGGUCUGCCUCUGCAGGCCUCCCCUUCCCCAGAGUGCAACUUCUGCCGCCGCCCGCUCCAUUUUUCCCUCAUGAGCGAGUGGGAGCGGGAUUACUUUGGCAACAUGGGGCCACGCUACAUCACACUUGCCGCCUGAGGCCUGCCACUGCCCCACACAGGGGCAUCGAGGCCCCCAACCUGACAGGAAGAGCGACCAGCAUCCUUAACGCCGACACUGCCAAACGAGAGGAAGGAGGGACUCUGAACACAAUAAACCUCUGCAACUGUA